AGAAAACUGAAGUAUAUAGAAUGACUUGCAUGACUAAAGCAAGUUAUAUUUUUCCUCUUUUUAUGCUUCGUCUCCUACGAUACUAAAGUGCACAUUUAGCUAAAGUGUUCACAACACUAUUCGUAACAUUUAGCUUGUAUGUUUUCAGAUGACAGGUGAACAUUGAGAGACUGGGUCAAGUUGAAUGAGUUAAUUCAUAAAAAAAAGAAAAAAAAAGGCUGUUCCUGUUCGCUUGUUCUAUAUCGCGAUCUUCUUGUGGCAUGGACCGACCCAGUAUAUAUACCGUGGCGAGGAUAAGGUGUGGCACAGUUCACUUUCUUAGUGCCUUGUACUUCGUUCCCAAACAGACCCGGUAUCAUGAAUCCUCUUUCGUUCCGAGGUGCGUCCGUGUUGGUCCUUGUGUGCGUGGUGUCCGCCGCGCCGCAAGGAUACGGUGCCGGAGGCGACGGCGGGCUGGGAGUCGAUCUCGGUGGCACUGGAGGCCACGGCGGCAGCGGCGUUGGAGGCGGCAGUGUGCUUCCUGGCGUCUUCGUCGGUACUGGUGUGCUUCCAGAAAGUGCCUUUGGCGGUGUAGCUGGAGGUGUCUCUGGUGGCGCUGCUGGAGGAGUCAUCGGUGGGGAAUACAGCGCACCAAGUGCCGGGGCUGCGGGAGGCUUUGACGCUGGCGUCGCUGGAGGCUUCGACACUGGAGUCGCUGGAGGCUUCGACACUGGGGUCGCUGGAGGCUUCGACACUGGGGUCGCUGGAGGCUUCGACACUGGGGUCGCUGGAGGCUUCGACACUGGGGUCGCUGGAGGCUUCGACACUGGGGUCGCUGGAGGCUUCGACACUGGCGCCGUAUCCGACGAGUACAGCGCACCAGGCGUCGACGCUGCUCCCGUCGGCGCAGUCGACACCGGCCUCGUUAGCGGCAACACCAUCCCUCUGGAUGCCAUUCGCUCUCUGCCCGCCCCCGCCGCUCCCGCCGGCGAGUAUGAAGGCCCUGCACGCUAAGACCUCCCUGCUGGCUGCGCUGUAGGCACUCAUGAGC